AUGGUGUGUUUAUUAAUUUCAGCUCUGUUGAUGGGUUUACUUUAACUUGUCAAAUCCUCUCAGACAGGCAAUAUAUCAGCUCAACCAGGAGAAAAUGUCACUAUUUGGUGUAAACAUACUGCAGUUGUUGAAAAGCACAUACACUGGUUCAAGCAGACUCAAGGUGCUGUUCCUCUUGGCAUUGUAAACAUGAUGUUACCCUUUGAUAUAGAAGUAAAAGCAAUAUAUUUAAAUAAUUUUACACCAGACCAUUUUGUGAUGUCUGUGAAUAGCAAAAACACAUCCUUAAGUACUUUGAACAUGGAUAUUACUGAUUCUGGUCUCUACUUCUGUGGUUGGGGCUCUUUGAAGGUUGUGUUUGGUGAUGGAGUAAAUCUGGACAUUAAAAACCUCAAAGGUGACAUUUUCACAAAAGAGUGUCCUGGAAACAUCUUCUAUAACCUGACCUUUAUUUUUUGGCUGUGUUUUUUUAUUUUUUUCAUCAUCAUUUCCCUCACUCUUGGCAUUAUUAAGAUCACAAGAACACUUGAAAAAGAUACAGAUCGGCAUGUAACAGAUCAUGAGAAGGCUCAUUCAUCAGUGUGUGCGGCUCUACAAUUCUUAAUACAGAAAACCAGAAGCACAGCCAUAGAAGAAACAGAUGUUGUAUAUUCUGUUACUAGAAGACACACAGUCGAAUAA